CACAAACCCCUCAGUUUCUCGUGUAUGUAUGCUUUAAACGCAGCCCAAAUGACAUCACAUUGCUGCAGUGCUGCACUGUCCAUGAAGGGUGUCAGUCGUUUCCUCUGAUACCAAGAAAAUUUGUCCACUGGCCACUUGGCUCUGCUCUGCUCCAGACAUCAUGGCGUGACAACGUGUAUUCAUUUAUAUCGGGGCUCUUAUUACGCAGGUGGACGCCUGCAUGAGGAGCAGAGGCGCAUUUUCAAAGGCUGCCUGUUCUCUAGGACGCAGCAAGAUUUCCUGCCACAUCCCGCCCGGAGAAAUCGACCGCAUCGCUUUGUUGAAGGAGCGGACAGACCAAGUCAUGUAUGAAAACUAAUUGCUCGCAUGGGUACGCAUAGUAUAGAGAAGAAAGAGGAGGAAAAGCAGGGUAUCAGUGCAGGGGUGGGAUUCCUUCAUUGCGCUUCAGAUGGAGGAAGUUAUGACAACAAAUGGCUACAGUAAUGGCAAACAGCUGCCAGUAAAGCAGGCGUGAUAACUGCGCUUGUAGUGCUGUAAUUACCAGAAAACCGGUGUUAACGGAGAGUUUUCGACCUUCCAGAUAUUUUUGGAGCCUGAAUUUGACGCCAACCUUCAAAUGUCAGAGGCUUUCUUUUUUUCAAGAGCGCAAUCCAAAAGAGCCCCGGACUGCAGUUUUCUGUCCUGACUCCAUCCGUGCUGCAAUUCAUAACAAGCGUGAGAUUUAUUGGGAAUUUAAUCCACCGUAUCCCUGCGUUACAAACCCGUUACGCGGGGGACUUGAGACAACCACGUACUGACGCUUUAACCCCUUUUGAACAGGGCUCGGACGCAAGCCUCGGACUCUCCUGAGCUUUUGGAUUUUUUUUAGGGGGGGGGGGAGGAUUUCGACUUUUCAUUUUCUGCCUUUAAGCCUCAAUCGGAUCGUACUGGGAUUUAAGGUGGGGUUUUAUCGCGACGCAGGUAACUGGAAGAUAUCCCACUGUCUCUUGUUGAUGACACUCCAGCGGCACAUUGUCGCUCAUCACGUUCGUUGGAUUCUUUUCAGCGCAAGCCCCCCUUUGCCAGAUCCUAAUGAGAAGGUUUUUACGCGUGAAUUUGGAAUAAAUGAACUCCCGUUGCCAUCCGAGAGUCGCUGUGAAUUUAUCCAGCGAGACAAGUGUGUGGACGGCGGAAAUCAUGUGCAAUAGGAUCAACCCUUCGGCAUCUGCUUUAUUAGUGCCACUUUUGACUGCUUUGAAGUGAACCCUGUGAGGAGCAUCCAAAGCGACACAAUAUUCUGGUGGUGUUUUCCUGUGACGCCAGAGAGAGUCGCCUGCCUCAGCUCUGACUCUCUGACCGCCAGCUGAUCGGCAUGCUGAUGUGAAACCUGCGAUGGAGACUGGGGCUUGAUAUCUGUCCUUUUGUUACAGGUUGGUCCGCUGUCAGAGGCAGGAGGACAAUCACCACAAAGCCAGAUGUUAAGUAGAAAAAAAUUUACAACCUUCAUUGAAGAUAAACAAUUCAUUCAAGGUCUGAAUGGGCGCCAUGGGACAGGGAACCUCCACAUGGUUGGUUAAAGGACGACUCCCACUGGACCUGGAAACUGAUUAACAAUGGACCGGCUGGUUCUGUGCGUGCUGCUGUGUGCAGCUCUGGUGAAGGGAUACAGCUGCCCCGGCCGCUGCAUCUGUCAGCACCUCUCCCCCACCCUGACUCUGCUCUGCGCUAAGACUGGUCUGUUGUUCGUGCCCCCCACCAUCGACCGCAAGACGGUGGAGCUGCGACUCACAGACAACUUCAUCACCAUCAUCCGCAGGAAAGACUUUUUCAACAUGACCAGUUUGGUCCACCUCACCCUGUCUCGUAACACCAUCAGCCAGAUCACCCCCCAUGCCUUUCUCGGGCUGCGGGCGCUGCGGGCGCUCCACAUGGAUGGAAACCGCCUCAGCGUGAUAAAGACCGACCACUUUAAAGGCCUCAUCAACCUGCGGCACCUCAUCCUUGGAAACAACCAGAUCCACCAGGUGGCCCCCACCUCGUUUGAUGAGUUUGUUUCCACCAUAGAGGACUUGGAUCUUUCCAAUAACAACCUGCGCAGCCUUCCCUGGGAAGCCAUAGCCAGAAUGACCAAUAUUAACACGCUCACACUGGACCACAACCUGAUUGACCACAUUGGAGCGGGGACUUUUACACUGCUCACCAAGCUGGUCCGCCUGGACAUGACCUCUAAUAGGCUGCAGAAGCUGCCGCCAGACAGCCUGUUCCAGCACGCUCAGGUCCUGUCUGAUGCCAAGGGAUCCAGCUCCUCCACUCUGGCUGUGAGCUUUGGUGGCAACCCUCUUCACUGUAACUGUGAGCUGCUGUGGCUCCGCAGGCUGACAAGGGAGGAUGAUCUGGAGACCUGUGCCUCGCCGGAGCACCUCAUGGACAAGUAUUUCUGGUCCAUCCAAGAGGAGGAGUUUAUCUGUGAGCCUCCUCUGAUCACAAAGCAUCUUUCCACUAAGCCCUAUGUGAUGGAAGGGCAGGGUGUGACUCUUAAAUGCAAAGCAGUGGGUGAUCCAGAUCCUGAUAUACACUGGCGGUCGCCAGACGGCAAGCUGGUGCAUAAUAACUCCCGCACUAUUCUGUAUGAUAAUGGCACCCUUGAUAUUCUCAUCACCACGCUGAAGGACAGCGGGGCAUUUAAUUGUGUUGCGUCCAAUGCCGCAGGCAUCGCCACAGCUGCUGUUGAGAUCAACAUGAUCCCCUUACCCUUGUUUGUUAACAACACAGGCCACAUGCGUGAGGACCCUGGCCUCUCAGACAUCACCACCUCCUCCAAAUCUGGCAAUGACACCAAGGGCUACGACAAGCAGGACAGGAGGGUGAUGGUCACCGAGCUGACCUCCUCCUCCGCUGUGAUCCGUUGGCCAUCUGAACGCCAUAUCCCCGGCAUCAGGAUGUACCAGAUUCAGUACAACAGCACGGCAGAUGAUACUUUGGUGUACAGAAUGAUCCCAUCUACCAGCAAGAACUUCUUAAUCAAUGAUCUGGCCGCAGGGCGGGAGUAUGACCUUUGUGUGCUGGCGGUUUACGACGACGGCAUCACAUCAUUAACAGCCACACGUGUGGUUGGAUGUGUGCAGUUCCACACUGCCAGUGAGGUCAGCCAGUGCCGCUUCAUGCACAGCCAGUUCCUGGGAGGCACUAUGAUCAUCAUUAUUGGUGGUAUAAUUGUUGCUUCGGUACUGGUGUUCAUUAUCAUCCUGAUGAUCCGUUACAAGGCCUACAGCGGCCCAGAGGACAGUAAGACCAAGGUCAGUUCCAGCAUGCACUCGCAGACCAAUGGCAGCCAGCAGCGGCUCCAGCGCUCCGCCUCCAAGCAACCGUCUGAUGAGGGCCAGCGGGAAGCUCAUGCACCCAAAGAGUGCAUGGCGCUGGUACUAAGGGUGGACAAUGAGAAGAAGGAGGAUCCAGCAUCCACUACUGCCAUCUUGGAGGUGGAGCUGCCUCCACUAAAUGCAGACAAGAUGAAGAGGAGAACCAGCCUGGAUGCACAGUGCUCUGGCCCCCCAUCUGAGGACACGCAGACGGACAGUAGCCUGACGGGCUCCACCAUGUCCCUGUGUCUCAUAGGCCCCAACGCUGGCACCAAGGAGGCUCCCAGGCUCAAGGACAAGAAAAGUGCCCUGGCCAACAUGGGAUUGCUCCCUAAUGAGCUGGCACGAACUAGGCACAGAUUCUCUUUUGACGGAGGGGAUUACUCCAUUUUUCAGAGUCAUAGUUACCCACGCAGAGCGAGGACGAGGUGGCACAAGUCCACCAACCAGCUCAACAUGGAGUCAUCGCCGCUCGCCAAUAGGAGAGUUACAUUCAGCAGCACUGAGUGGAUGCUGGAGAGCACAGUCUGAGGAGAGCAGUGUAGCCGAAAAUAAAACCGGCUUGGCCACACGCGGGACACACAUGUAAAAACACAAAUAUGUCUACAUGCCAUAUAACACAUACUUUCCCUGCACACAGCAGAUGAUGAACAUAAGCACAUUUACGUACACAUGCAAACUUUCUGUGAGUUGCUGGAGAAGAACACAGUCUCCCUUCAUCCUGCCUCCCCAUCAUACUCCCAGAGAGGUUUGUUGGCCAUGUCCUUUCUUUAUGCAGCAGUGCCUUAUUCUAAAAAAAAUGUACGAAUGGAGGAUGCUGCUCACUGUAGUCAUAAACCGUCCUCUCUGUCAUUGCCUCCCGCCCAUUCUGAUGAUGGGAGGCGUUUCUUUGGAUUUUUUAAUUUUCUCCUUUUUUUUUCUCUCUGUGACAUGCCAAGGGGGUGUGGCGUUUGGAUGUGACUGUUUAAUUGUUUAAAAAAAAAAACAAGAAAAAAAAAUUCCAUCAUAACUGUAAAGUGAACAGCCAGGUAUCCUGUUAUGUCAAUCAUGUUUUGGGUUCUUUCAGAAAAAAAAACAAAAAAAAAAACUUUUGCACAGAAGACACGAGAUACAAGGACAAGUAUCACCACCAGUCUAUACAAUAAUAAUAAUUUAAAAAAAAGAAAAGAACAGGAUUUUACACAUGCCGAUUUCUAAUGUUACCAUAGAGAGGAUGGACCUGGGAGCCAACCGCGGAUUCCUCUUUGACAGUCGGACUGUAUGAUGUUAAAUAGAUAUUGUUCCAGAUGUGACUGUAUAUUAAUCGGUACUGUAUCUGGCUGGUCUAGAUAAAAAGACAACAAACAAAAAAGACAUAUAUAAGUAUAUUAAAACAUUGGUGUAUGUGUACUAACUAUGUAAGUAAGUAAGUCAUAUGUCACAUGACUUUUUACAAAGCAUUUGGGUGUUGGCUGCAAGUUUUUACAUUAAAAACCUGUGUCAUCACACCUCUCCCUAUUUAGUAUGUCAAAGUUUGGACCAUUUAUCCCCUCACGAAGGGUAUUAAAUUUUUUGUGUGGGUUAACUGUA